CUAUGUCGGGUUUUAGCGUAAGGCAUAAGGCAAUAAAUAGCACUAAUGCCGAAAUCGGUACACCCAAUCCCGAAUGGGAAAAAGAAUGGCUCAAUUGGAAGAAGUUGUUUCUACAGUGAAGACUAACAAUCACUUAGUUGCAGCUGAACCAUCAGUGAAUUUGGGAAAUGUUUAUGACGAAAUUUGCAAUUUAGUAAGUGAAGUUAGGAUUAUUGCAGCUAAACAGACUGAUGAAGAACGUUCCAACAAGUCUAGUAUGUUUUUUGCCUGUGAACCUCCUAGUUUUGGAGAAGACACUGAUCCCUUAGUUGCUCAACGCUGGAUUUUAAUUUUAGAGAAUAUCUUUGAUUUGAUACGAUGUUCAGACAAGCAAAAAGUUUCUUUCGCUAGUUUACGACUGAAAGAUGCUGCAUUUUCUUGGUGGAUGGUGUUGCAUACGGACUUGGAGGCUGAUGGGGUUACAGUUACGUGGGAGAAAUUAAAAGAAUUGUUUGAGAAGAGAUAUUUACCUCGUUGGUUGAAGCUGGAGAAGUUUCGUGAACUCUGUAAUUUGGAGCAAGGAGAUGGAACUGUAGCUGAGUAUGAUGAACAAUUCAUUAAGUUGGCUUCUCUUGCUCACGAGUUUAUUCCAGAUGAAGCUUGGGAAGCUCGCUUGUUUGGUGAUGGUUUAAGGGCAGAUAUUAGAGCACAAAUUUGCUUCUCAAACAAUGUGUCGUACGCCGAGGUUAGAAACCUGGCAUUAAUGGAGGAACAGCGCAUUAACAAAUAAUCAAGAAAUUUGAAGUAUUAAGAAAAGGGGUAAUAGAAGCAAACAGAUUUUGGAGGUUUCAGCUAUGAAUCAUCUGCACUUCUCAAUGUAGGUAUUGACUGCUAAUUGUUAGUUCACUACUUCAUCACUAGAAAGUUUCAUAGCUUUAGGAAGUUUAUUUUGAUAGUGUUUUGUUCUUCCCCUAAAAAAACAGAAUUCCACACCCCCCUCUCUGGUCUAGGAUUUAUGGUAAUGGUAGUCUUAAAUACUUCUGUUUGGUGUGAAGUUUAUCAGCUUAAUGUAAACAGUUCUUUGUUUCAUUUUCA